ACCGCGUUUUCUUCCCCCCCCCCCCCCCCCCCCCGCUUCCCCCGCGCCGUUCCCUCAGUGACGGGCUGAGGGACCAAGAUGGCGGCGCCCAGCGCCGGGGCGGCCGCGGCGGGAGGGGGGACCCGGGGGAGGCCUCCCCCUGUCACCCCCCAGCAGAUCCGCGACCUCAUCGACGGCGGCAUCGCCCCUGAGGCCGCCGGUCCCGACGGGACGGACACGUCCGACUGGUCGGAGUUGGCUAACGGCUCUUCUCAAAUGGACGCUCUCUCCUUGGAGUCAGCUAGCAAGGAAGCUUAUUUCAGCAGAGUCGAAACAUUCACCCCGCUGAAGUGGGCGGGCAAACCCCACGAUCUCUCGCCCCUGGUUUGCGCCAAGUACGGCUGGGUCAACGUGGAGUGUGACAUGCUGAAGUGCUCCAGCUGCCAGGCGUUCCUCUGCAUCAGCCUGCAGCUCGCGUUCGACUUCAACAAGUAUAAGGAGCGCUGCGCGGAGCUGAAGAAGGCUUUGUGCACCGCGCACGAGAAGUUCUGCUUCUGGCCCGACAGCCCCUGCCCAGAUCGCUUUGCCAUGCUGCUGGUGGAUGAACCCAGAGCCCUUCUCCAGGAUUUCCUGGACCGUUUUCAGAGCCUGUGCCAACUGGAGCUGCAGCUGCCCUCCCUCAGACCAGAAGACAUGAAGAACAUGUCCCUGACAGAGGAAAAGAUCAGCCUGCUCCUCCAACUUGUUGGGGAGGAACUGGAGCACAAAACGGAGGGAGAGAAGCUGCCAAUGAAGUUUACCACGGAAGUCCUGCAAGUUCACGUUCCUGCCUGUGUCCUGGCUUUGUGCGGCUGGACCUGCAGCUCCACAUCUGGCUCUGUGCACCUCUCAGUGAUCACCUGCUCCCGCUGCAUGAGGAAGGUGGGUCUGUGGGGCUUUCACCAGCUGGAAUCUGCGGGGCCGGAGCUGGACUCCUGCAGCCCGAGCAGCACUUCGCCAGCACCCACCGAGCGCUGCCCCCUCCUACCAGCUUCUCCACGCAGGAUGCUCACACGGAGCCAAGACACGCUCCCUCCAGGCUCCGAGCAGCACGAGAAGAGCCCGUCUCCGGCCAUCUCUCGCUCACGGGGUUGGGACUCUCCCGUCCCCAUGGACCGGGCUGAGUUGGAGGUGACCAGCCCCAUGCUGAGGAGCCGUCCUGUCACCCGCAGCAUGGUACAGAGUGACAACACGGAGGUGCCGUCCAGUCCUCUUCGCAGAGCCAAGCGGGCACGGCUCUGCUCCUCCAGCAGCUCGGACACAUCUUUGAGGAGCUUUUUCGACCCCAGCUCACAGCAUCGUGACUGGUGUCCCUGGGUCAACGCAGUGGAGGGAGGAGAAGCCCUGGAAGAUCCCACAGCCCAGACGGAGAAGGAACCUGCCAAGGCAGAGCCGGGCUGGCGGGUGGUACUGAACACGCUCCUCGCCACUAGGAAAUGUGACAGAGUGCCUGAGACGGAGCCUGUGAGUCUCUCGGUCAAGUCCUCCAAGGUGUUCCGUAUUUUCCGGCAGUGGGAGACCAUGAAUUCCUCCUGAACCGAACUGCCGCCUGGCUGGCAGCACGGAGCAGAGAUCCGCAGCAUCUCUGUCCUCCUGGGGAGGGGACACUGAGGAUGCUCCAUGCCAAACACAGCCCCCAGCAGCCGCUGGGACCCCCUCCUCUCUCACUGUCCUCCUCAGAGCCCCCCCGCCUUCACAAAUUGCUGCUGUGGCCCUUGGCCCCGUGCGGAGCCAGGACGUGCCGUGGGCGCGCGGGGCCGACGAGGAGACGCGGUCACCUCACCGGGGUGACCGUCCUGUCCAGCUGUGACUCGCCACCAGCGGCGCAGGGAAGUGACGCCAGGUGGGAAUAAACAUUUCACUUUUGUUUUUA